AUGGAUUCUGAAGUCGCUGCUUUAGUUAUUGAUAACGGUUCCGGUAUGUGUAAAGCCGGUUUCGCCGGUGAUGACGCUCCAAGAGCUGUCUUCCCAUCCAUCGUUGGUAGACCAAGACAUCAAGGUAUCAUGGUCGGUAUGGGUCAAAAGGAUUCUUACGUCGGUGAUGAAGCUCAAUCUAAAAGAGGUAUCUUAACUUUACGUUAUCCAAUUGAACACGGUAUCGUCACAAAUUGGGAUGACAUGGAAAAAAUCUGGCAUCAUACUUUCUACAAUGAAUUAAGAGUCGCCCCAGAAGAACAUCCUGUUCUUUUAACUGAAGCUCCAAUGAACCCAAAAUCUAACAGAGAAAAAAUGACUCAAAUCAUGUUUGAAACUUUUAACGUUCCAGCUUUCUACGUCUCUAUUCAAGCCGUCUUAUCUUUAUACUCCUCUGGUAGAACUACCGGUAUCGUCUUAGAUUCUGGUGAUGGUGUUACUCACGUUGUCCCAAUUUAUGCAGGUUUCUCAUUACCUCACGCUAUCUUAAGAAUUGAUUUAGCUGGUAGAGAUUUGACCGAUUAUUUGAUGAAGAUCUUAAGUGAACGUGGUUAUUCAUUCUCCACUACUGCUGAAAGAGAAAUUGUUCGUGACAUUAAAGAAAAAUUAUGUUACGUUGCAUUAGAUUUUGAACAAGAAAUGCAAACUGCUUCUCAAUCAUCUUCCAUUGAAAAAUCUUACGAAUUACCAGAUGGUCAAGUUAUUACCAUUGGUAAUGAAAGAUUUAGAGCUCCAGAAGCUUUAUUCCAUCCAUCUGUCUUAGGUUUGGAAUCAUCAGGUAUUGAUCAAACCACCUAUAAUUCCAUCAUGAAAUGUGAUGUGGACGUUAGAAAGGAAUUAUACGGUAAUAUUGUCAUGUCUGGUGGGUCUACUAUGUUCCCAGGUAUUGCUGAAAGAAUGCAAAAGGAAAUUACUGCAUUGGCUCCAUCUUCAAUGAAAGUUAAAAUUAUCGCUCCUCCUGAAAGAAAAUACUCUGUUUGGAUUGGUGGUUCCAUUUUGGCUUCUUUGACUACUUUCCAACAAAUGUGGAUCUCAAAGCAAGAAUAUGAUGAAAGUGGUCCUUCUAUCGUUCAUCACAAAUGUUUCUAA